CUCGGUAAGCGUGCCCAAAAGGAGGGUUGGCCGAUGAAGAUCAGCGUCGGCCUUAUUGGUUCAUGCACCAAUUCCUCUUAUGAAGAUAUGUCUCGAGCCGCAAGUGUUGCCAAGCAGGCUUUGACAAAGGGAGUCAAGGCUAUCUCGUCCUUUACUAUCACACCAGGUAGCGAGCAGAUACGCGCUACUAUCGAACGUGAUGGUCAGGCCGAAGUUUUGCGGGGAAUUGGUGGCGUGGUAUUGGCAAAUGCUUGUGGACCUUGCAUCGGUCAGUGGUCUCGACAGGAUAUGAAGAAGGGUGACAAGAAUACCAUCGUCUCAUCAUAUAACCGAAACUUCACUGGGCGCAAUGAUGCUAAUCCAGCGACCCAUGCAUUUGUCACCUCGCCUGAGCUGGUCACUGCAUUAGCAUUAGCUGGUGAUCUCAGCUUUAAUCCACUCAAUGACCAAUUGACUGCAGCUGAUGGCACUAAAUUUAAACUUGUCGCCCCGACAGGCGACACUCUUCCUUCACGUGGGUUUGAUCCAGGAGAGGAUACUUAUCAGGCUCCCCCAACUGAUGGUUUGAGUCUAACCGUAAAUGUCAGCCCUUCAAGUGACCGGCUGCAACUACUUACUGCCUUUCCGAAAUGGGAUGGCAAAGAUAUAAAUGACAUGCCGAUUCUGAUCAAGAUAAAA